AAAAUAUCUACCACGUGACCUCUAUUUCCGGUAACUUUUCCAGUCGGGAAAAAUUCUAAAGAUUUGGAGUUUUUUAACGUGAUGUAAACACUACAAACAUGUGGUUACAACAGAAUACCAAAUGAGAAGUGUACUUGAAAUGGCUGCCCUGCUAGUCCUGUUCCUGGGCGUCCUGGACACGUCACUAGUGCUUGGACAGUUGGGAGAGUCACCUGAUGUAGGACCUCCGGUAGAAUGCAGCGGAAAUCGCUAUCGGACCCAUGAUAAAAACUGUGUCAACUGCACUGAAUGUCCACCAGAUCUGAUCGUCAUUAAAUUGUGUUCUCCAAAAACAGACACAAAAUGUGGGCCAUUUUUAGGCUUUUCUUUCCAGGAAUCACAAAGAUCCCAGCAAGUGCUGCCAGAAGACAAUGCAUAUAAUAAUAAAACACUGCUGAAGUUUGACCUCGUAGAGAAAAGUGACAUGGAACAUUGGCGCCAGUUGGCCUUCUCCCUCAUAGGGGUAUUGUGUUUACUGGUUGUGGUAGCUACUGUUAUCGUAUUUGUGACAUACGCUAGAUUUCUGAAGUAUCGUCAGGCUAAGACACGGCGACAAUCAAUUUCAGAAAGAGGUGAAAUGGAGGGGGAAUAUGUUGUUAUACAUCGACGUCCUUCUGGAUACAUCCCCACAUCUUUAGAGGAGUUUAACCAGAUCUCGGAAGGUUCACCUGUGUCGCCUCUCCUAGAAAGUUUGUCCCACAAUAAUUAUCACCGGGGGCCUGACAGAUACUCGAGACUGCCGCGCCGCAACAAUUAUCGCCCUCAGAGAAGACUUCUCAAUGAGUAUGUUGAUGAUGUGUUUGAAUCAGAUAAUAGUGAUGGGUCAAGGACAUCUGGGGUCAGGGGACAUCUACAGACAAUUCCAGAGACACCCGAUGGGGAUGUCUAAAAUAUGGAAACAUUUCUAUGUGUAUGAUAAGAAAUCCGACCUUAAAGUCAAGAUCUCUAGAGUGUUUGAUUGGAGAUGGAAAACAGUGUAUAUAUGUUUAAAUGAUAGAGGUAGUAUGUGUGUUGAAAAAUUCAAGACUUUGUAUAAUACAAGUACAAUGAUUUUUUACUCUGAGAGCUGAAAUGAAUGAGGUUAAGUUUGUUAUGUCCA